UGGAUCUGAUAAGACAAUGACCAUUUCUGGGACUACACUCAUGAGUGAACAUCAUAAAAGCACAACUAACUGACAUACACAACCAAAUUAUAGAUAAACAGAAUAUAGACACAAAAUAUGGUGGUGAAGGUGUACGGUCCAACCUAUGCAUGCCCCAAGAGAGUGCUGGUGUGUCUGAUUGAGAAGGAGAUUGAGUUUGAAACAGUGCAUGUUGAUCUCUUCAAGGGAGAGGCUAAGGAACCUGAGUUCCUUAAGCUGCAGCCAUUUGGAUUGCUUCCUGUUAUUCAAGAUGGAGAUUAUACUCUCUCUGAAUCUCGUGCAAUAAUAAGAUACUAUGCAGAGAAGUAUAAAGACCAAGGCACAGACUUGUUGGGAAAGACAAUAGAGGAAAGGGGUCUAGUGGAACAAUGGCUUGAAGUGGAGGCUCAUAACUUUCACCCACCACUCUUCGACUUGGUUAUUAAUGUUCUGUUUGCCCCAUUAAUGGGUGCUCCUUCAGACCCAAAAGUGAUAGAAGAGAGUGAUAAAAAGAUUGAGAAGGUGCUGGAUGUUUAUGAGGAGAGGCUGUCAAAGAGCAAGUACUUGGCUGGUGAUUUCUUCUGCCUUGCUGAUCUUAGCCACCUACCAGCUGGUCAUUAUUUGGUGAACCAAACUGGGAGAGGGAAUUUGGUUAGAGAGAGGAAGCAUGUGAGUGCUUGGUGGGAUGAUAUUAGUAAUAGACCAUCUUGGCAUAAGGUUCUUCAGCUAUAUAAAUACCCUGUCUAGAUGCUUAAUUAGUUGUACCCCAACAUUCCAAGAUGGUUUGAGGGAUGUGCCUUCAGUGUUGUCCACUACCUGCUUGAAAAUAAAAUGGAGGCUGUCUGCAAGAUGUGGACCUGUGGUUUGUUUUUGGAUCUAUUCCUGUUCCUGAAUAAUAACAUUGGAUGGUCAAAAACACAGAAUUAAGAGUAUGGAGAAUUAUAAUUAGUUGUUAGGUCCAUUUCUUGCAAUCUUAGAGCCAAGUAAUAAUAAAGAUCAGUAUUUAAAUCUUCUAA